AUGGGUUCAGAUCUUAUUAUUGAUACUCAACUCCCAGAAUUUGACGAUGCGGCAGAGGCAGGCUUCUUACAUAAGGACAUAUUGUUUGAUCCCAAUGGUAAGCUAGUAAUAAAUCGUGAAAGGUGCAUCAAUCCAAAAUUGAUUGAUAACUUCUUUAGAUUUCUGAGACACGGUAGUGAUGAUGUACUAAAACAAAAACUUAAUAAUAAUAAGAGUGCUACAAACCAAGAUAGAAACUGUGAUGCCGUUUUGAAGAGUGUACUUUAUCCCAAUUGGAAAAUAAGACAUGACAUUAUUUCUUAUUGCGAAAAUGAGUUGAAUAGCAUGCAAAAAGAGCUAAAUAGCUCUUCAAAUAUGGAUAAUGAGAAUCAAAGACCAAUAGUUACCGAGAGAAUAGAUCCAUAUGCAGUGAAGGAUAUGUUAACAGAGAAGGAGAAUCGUUUCAAGGAUUAUAGAAUUCUUGAGAAUUGGAUAAGCAAUCAAAAGAAUAUUGAAAGCAUUAUCCAAAUAAGAACAUCAUCCGUGUUGAGCGAACAGUGUGGAAACAACAGAGACUACAUUAGAGAAUUCGAGAAUUUCAUUAAAGCAAACAAGUAG